GUCUGGUGGCCGGACGAGACGACCGGCGCAUGUGCAACAUGUGCCCGAUCGGACGGCAACCCCCGCUCUGACGACGUGUGGCCGGAGGCCAGACUGCGUUACGCCUAUCGCAACGGCCAGCAGGUGUUGGUGCAACCGCAGACAUCGCAGGAGCCGGUCAACCCUCAGCCUUGCUACCAACUCGGCGCUUUCGCAGACGCCGACAGUCCGUCCUGGCCGAGGCCGUCUCUGAUGCCGCAACCUGGCGUCGGCGAGACGACGCUCCAUGCGCCCAGCAACCACAGCAUGGGUCUGGUCGUCGCCCAAUCACAAAUGACCGGCUCGGCCUCUUCGCACCCAGCCUCUGCGGCUGCUAUGCUCAUUCAGACGUCGAGGCAGAUGGAGACGGAGUUGCAGACAAUCCGAGGAGUGCUUCGCAGCAUCGUCGACAGGCUCGCCGACAAAGACAUCGUCAACAAACGAGCUCGCGAAUGGAGGAUGCUGGCUCUGGUCUUGGACAGAAUCUUCUUCUGGCUCUAUCUGACCAUUCACAUCUGCGCUGCCCUCGGCCUACUGGUUCCCGGCAGUUGGCAUCCCACCCCAGACGAGGGUGUGGCUCGUUACGGUCGCCAGGCCUACGGUCAGGCAUCGACGACUGGCCUUGGUGGCAACGAGUUGAAUCGCAGCCUCCUCGAAGUCGGAAUGUCCGGGGCAAAUGCCAGUCUUCUGCUCACCGGCCGCCUCGACCACAUACCAGCCGAGCCGGACACGGCAGAUGAGCCGGUGGACGUAGAACUGCCUGGUACCAAUCCUCCAAGCGCCUCCACUCUGACUGGCGUAUUGCCCUCACCCUCUUCUUCCUCCUCCUCCCUUUCCUCUUCUUUCUCCUCUUCGCAAGUUCGGGUGGCAGAUGAGACUAUUCGAUCUGGUCGAACGGGUCCGCAGUCGCCGGAGGCCGGCGGGCAAAUGGGCCAACUUAGAGCCGAGGUCUACCUCGACAGCGGAGGUCAAGACGGAUUGCCCAGUUGGAGGAAGGCCUAUCCCGAAGAGAUAACGGCCAGAUCGAGGGGCGGUUUUGACAAUAUCUUUCCCAACGACAAUCGAAAUAGACGAAUUCGGGCGCCCAGUCUGCCGCCCCUUGACGACUAA